AUCAGCGUAUUCUACCUCAGUCGCGGGACAGAGCUUCCUCCUCCUAGUCCCCUCUCCGCCCUCACAACCUCCUCCGGCUCGCCUAGAACUCCCGCUUCGCCCAGACCCCGCCCCCUGCCGCUCUAGCCUCCGCUCCUCUCGUUGGCUCGCACCCGGCCGACGCUGGGCUGGAGACCGGGCAGCAACCGGCGAGCCGGGGAGCGGAGGAGCCAGCGGGCGAGCGACUCGGGCCUACAGCUCGCCGCUGCGUCGGGGCCUCGCAGCUCCGCCGCCGCUGAGAGCCUGCGCCGUAGCUGCUUCCAAGCCGGGUUCCGAAGACGGCGCCUCCCCAAGCACAGGAACGAGUUGCGUCCAGGGGUCCCAGGGGUCCCAGGGGUCCGGAAAGUUUCGGAUGAGCCUGAGCCUAUCCCAACACUUAGAAAUGGGGCUCUGGAACCUGGGAGUCCAGGAGAGUUGCCUUUAGGGCUCUGGUCGCCGGCUUCUGCGUUUUCUUCCUCUCCAAAGUUUUGGAUCCCCUUCCUGUGUCACAUUCACUACUACCCGAGGUGCCAUGGCCCCCAGGCCUUGGAGUGAGUGGAGCACGACCCUGUCCCACCUGGCACUGGGAGUGGUGUCUCUCCAUGCAGCUGUGAGCACCGCCCAGGCAAGUCGAGGGGCCGCUGCUGGCUUCCUGCUCCAGGCGUUGGCCUCUGCCACCGUGCUGGCCCCGGGGCUGGGCACAGAUGAAGACUGUCUUGCUGGAGCCUGGGUGGCCACUGUCAUUGGCCUGCCCCUUCUGGCCUUUGAUUUCCACUGGGUGAACGGGGAUCGCUCCUCUGCCAACCUGCUUCUGGGAGGAGGGAUGGUGCUGGCAGUGGCCGGUGACCACCUUGGUGCUGAGGGCCGCUCUGUGGCUGGUCAGGCAGUGGUGCUGGUGGUUGCAGUAACCAUCCUCAUUGUGGCCGUUUUCACAACCAACACUUAUGGAAUGUGGGGGGGCGCAAUGUUGGGUGCUGCAGGCCUCCUGAGCCGGCUGGAGGAAGACAGACUGCUGCUGCUACCAAAAGAGGACGUCUGUCGAUGGGCCCUGGCCGCAGGCAGUUGGGCCUACCACCGAGCCCUGCAGACACAGCGACUGCAGUGGGAGUGAUGUUUGGGGAUCAAAGUGGGGCUUCUGCCCUGGCUACACCUCCCCCUCCCACAGGGCUGCUCCUGUGGGUCUCUUCCCCUAGGAUGGACUCUCUUGCCUCCCAAAGAGAGCUUGCUGCAGGGUUGGCUCGCACCCGGAUGGAUGCCUUCGUCAGGAGGCCCAGUCUGGGCACUGUCCCUCCUCUGGCUAAGUGUGGGCACUCGCCUAGACUGGAAUGAAAGAGAUGGGGCCCCAGGCACAUGUUGGGACCUGAUGCUGGGCAGGCCAUGGUUUUGGAUCCAGAGAGAGGCUUGGUCUCCAAUAAACCUUAGGAAUAUGGAA